AUGGAGGAGCCGUACGAUGAGAAAGCUCAUCGAGGAGGACGUGGUGUUGAAUUUUGCUGCCUCUCUUACCCGCUGGUCAAAGCGGGAGCCUACCUGAUCCCGCUCGAGUUCGCCUUUGUCUCUGGCUGCAUCAUCGUUCUCAGCACGACCACUCCGACCAUUGUCGCAGCUGUCGACACUCUGCCUCGCAUCUACCCAUUGGUGCUACUCAUCCUGGCCAUCAUCGCACUAGCCUGGCAGAUCAUCGGCCUCAUCACGAUUCGAAUCGAAAUGAGCUCGAUCUAUCGACUCUACAUCCGCAUCAACCUGCUCCUCGUCCUCAUCCUCACCGCGGUAGCGUCCAUCGGAACAGUGGUGAUCGCAACCAAGCACAAACAAUCCACCGAGGUCUGCACGAGGAUCUACGGCAAUCCUCCGCUCAACUCGUCGACGGGCGUAUCGAUCGAUGCGCUGGAUACAUUCGCACCGGGAAGGCAGAUCUGCAACUACUUCAUGUGGGCGCAGGUGGGUGCGACGGGCGGCCUGAUUGCGAUGCUGUUCCUUACGCAGGUGUACUUCUGCUACUGUCAGCGGGCGUACGGUCAGAAGCAGAGGACGGCUAUUUCUCAUCUGGAAAGCUACUACAAGGCAACGUGA